AUGACAACCUCAAACAAUGGUCCGUCUGCGGCCACAAACGGCGACGCGAUACCCAAGAUCGGACCCCAUCCAGGCUUCAUAUCCAGUUCGAAUCAAUACACAUCAGAGCUCAAGCUGCGACGCAUGCUCAAGGACAAUGGCUGCGAUCCCGCAAGACAGGAUAACUACCGUCUUCAGGGUGUGCAGUUGAUUGAAAACGUCAGAGAGUAUUUACAAUUACCUGUGAGGACAUUCGACACAGCGUGCACUUACUUCCACAAAUUUCGACUCAACUUUAGAGACGCCGAGUACAACUAUCAGGAUGCUGCACUGGCAUCGCUAUUUGUCGCGUGUAAAGUGGAGGAUACUAUCAAGAAGUCGAAGGAGAUUCUCGCGGCGGCAUACAACGUUAAGAAUCCUGACAAAUCUGUCACGCCCGAUGACAAGAUGUUUGAAGGCCCAGGCAAAAUCAUCAUCUGCCUCGAACGUCUCAUCCUCGAAACAAUCGGCUUCGACUUCCGCACACGCUACCCCCAAAAACUCCUCGUAAAAGUCGUCCGCGACAUCUUUGGCAAAGAAGACGGAAAACCCUUCUUUGAGACCGCAUACGCAAUGUGUAUCGACAUCUACAAGACCUUCGUCCCCAUAAAGCGCACAACUUUCUCCAUGGUAAUGGCAGUUGUGGAGCUUACAGCUCUCAUGACAGAACAGCACGUCGAAAGAGUUCGCGAGUACGCAAAGACAAAGCGUCAGUAUCACUGGGGUUCUGUUAUGGAGACUAUGCUUGAUAUUCUGGAUUUAUAUGUUCAGCAUGGUAAAUCUACAAAAGUCGGGGCACAGUUUGAUCAGAAUAAGAUCAUCGACAUCAAGAUUCGGCUUAACAACGAUCUUGACAAGGCGUUCGAACCUCGAUAUCUGUACUACUGCUCCCGGUGCGAAGCCGAAGAUCCUCAACCUUCUACACCUGCAUCAGCUACUUCACCCGCGACAUCAACAUCAUGGCCAGGUGAUGCAUCUGGAAAACGAACGGUUCGUGGUCAAGAAGGGACGAUGCGUUUUGUGUUUGAGCCAGAGGCAGCGAGGAGGGAACAAGAGAUUACUGAAGAAUUCUUUAAGGAAGAUUUCGAAGAGUAUGAAGUUGAGGUUGAAGAGCCUGUGCCCCCACCGCCAAGGGAGGGUAGGGGAGGAUAUCAUGGUCAUAGGGAGAGGGGAGAUCAUAGAAGGGGAGGACCGUAUGGGGGAUAUCGAGGGGAUAGGCAUUACAGAGGAAGGGGUAGACACUACUGA